GUUUGAAAAAUAAAGAUGAAGGUUACUGUGAAAGCAGAGGUCCAUGCGGAUGAGAAUGGCAACUCAAGUAGGAUAAGAAAAAGAAACCUUACAGAAAUCAAUGAUGAUGAAGAUUCAGACGAUCGUUCUUGCAGUCCAUCAGAAAUAAGUAUUAAUUUAUCAGACGUUGAAUGCAAUUGCUUCGACUGGGAAAAUCCUGUUUUAAUACACGUUUCAUCAAAGAAUUUAGAGGAAUUACCUUCAAAUUGUGAAAUUUCGAAAAAAUUCUGUUUUAAUUGUUUGCAUAGCACUGAAUCGUGUGAUUCGUACACAAAACCUACAUCAUAUGGUAGCAUAAUGACUGUUACCAAAGCGUCCAAGAAGAAAUAUCCUGCCAUACAGCAAUUAUGGAGAAGAGUGAUUAGGUGUGGAGUUACAAAACAAAGAGCAAAAAUAUAUAUGAAGCAGGCAAUGUCUUACAGUUGUAUACCAAAAAAGAGACUUUUGAGGAGAGGUAAAAAACAUUUUUUCUAGUGAAUGAAUUCAUUUCAAUUUUACAAUAAAAUGGUAAACAACUUACUGGGUUACAAAUUCUCUGGAAUAUCAAAAUGUUGUAAAUAUAAGCCGCAA